AUGCCUUUGCUUGGAAUUUUUUCGAAGAAAAACAAGGCAGCGAGGAAGGGUGACGUGACGAGGGGCUCGCCCAGCAUCAACAGCUUGAAUUCAGAGUUCGAAUCCGCCUUGUCAUCGCCGACGUCCGAGUACAUACACACGGACAGGUCGCUGCCGUCAAGUCCGAGUGGGCGAGACCUCCUGCACCCUCGCGAUGCUGCAAGACCUUCAGUUAUGAAUGUUUAUCCAUCAGCGGGGGCCUCGUCGAGCAAGCUUCGUCUUCCAUUUGGUCGGAAAAAGAUGGCAGCAUCAUCCUCGACGGUCUCGAACUUGACAGACUAUGCCGGUGAUGGGGCGCGGCCAGGGUACCUAGGGGGACUCAACAGUGGGGCGAUGUCAGAUGCGGAGGCAGAUCCUCACCGCCUUGUACCACCACCGACGAAGAGGUCCGUAUUCGCUACCUACGGUGACCCACAAAGCGCGCUAUCCACGCGCUCUUUACCCAGUGAUAGACGAUACCCUCAUUCAGAUUCUCCAACGCCUUCCAAUACUCAAAAACGACCUUUCUUUAACUGGUCGAAAUCUCAGAAUUCUACACCGACGAAAUCAGCUUUGCAAACGGCGAAACCUGCCGCUUCUUCGCCACUCUCUCCGCCAAUCGACGCGGAAUCUUCUUUUAAUCUCAAGUCCUUCCGUCACGUUCGUCCGCCAUCACCUGCGCGUUCUACAGCAUCCGCGGCCUCGUUGCAGCCACCGGCGGUACCGGUACCGCCUUUCGAGAAGCUCAGGCCCGCAGAAGCGCUGCAGGAUCCCCUGUUCCUUCCUUUAGGUCAAUCAGUCCAGGGCCACAGCAUGAUCAAGAAUCGCGUCAAGAUCGAUUCAGAUGAAUCAGCUUCAUCGUCAGAAGUCGACUCUGACGAUGGUCGUGCUACGAAGAGUAACCUUGGUCGCAGACGUACACUUACGCAACACAUGAAAGCAAGAGGUGGGAAAGCCAGAGCCACACAGUCCGAAAUUGGACAUGGAUCCUCUUCCUCGUCUCACGUACAUUCUCGCCCUCCAAGACAACCUCCUCCCCGAAUGCCCGCGUCGGUGUCGAAUCCGGACGUUCGCAAGCGUGCCAGCUUGUCGACAAGCGGAGCGUCCCCCAGUGCUCCAGCACAACGAGCGAGUCUAAUUGCCAAUUCGAAUCCUGGUGCAGACUCCUCACGACAGUCACGGCACAUACGUGAAGCUUCUUCCGUGUCUAAUCCUCCGGCUACAGUUCGUCGUAGCAUUGUCGUCUCUCAGGAUUCCGAUACGUCUGAUUCAGAGGAUGAUGCGCCGCUCGCUUCCCUCGUUCCCCCACGUCGCCCAGGUAGUUCCAUGUCCCAGCAAUCCAACCGUUCCCAAUCUUCUGCUCGCGCGAUAAAACCUUUGAUUGACAUUAAUACCCUCACGGGCCCCAAUCGCCGUCCCCUUGAGUCUGGGCCCAAUACAUCUGCCCCUUCGCCUGCAUUCACCCCUGGCAAAACCCUGGUCUCGUCGCCCGUGUCAAUGACGCCACCGACACUGCCUAUCACGUCAACCUCCCCUCCCGCUCCAUUCGUCUCCCCACCAGGUUCGCCAGUGAAGGCUGCAAGGACCUUGAGCGUGGACCCUUCCCCUGUUGUCCCACAGAGGACGAUUCCCGUGCGCAAAGAGACGGCGGAGUCCGCUGUUAGAGAGGGUCUGAACGAACGUCUCGGCAAGGUAAUGAUGAGUUCAGCAAGUAGUGCUGCGUCCUUGAGUUCUGCCACGUCCUCAUCUGUUCCUUCUGGCAGACGCAGCACCGCGUCUUCAGACCGUGUUCAAAUGACUCCUGCGAGACCGGUGCAGACACCCACGCUAUGGACAGAUCCUCCCACGGAUCCGCACAGCACAAUUCGACAAAUUGGGCACCGUCGGACGUCUAGUGAUAAUCCCUCGGUGCGAACUCGAUCCACGGAUGAUAACAUGGAUGAAUUAGCGCGUAUGCUGGGAGGCGGGAUUCGGCUGAUCAGUAAGAAUGGCGAGGAAGAGGGCGAGGAAGAAGAGGAGCUCACUAAGAAGGUUUUCCCUGGGAAGAAGAAGAGCUUUCCGGGAAUGAGGGCGGAGGAUGAGGAGACGACGGAGGACGAGAUGGACGAAGAAGAUUCUGAUGAUCAGACGGAGGGUAGAGGGAAGGCGGCGCCGCCUCCUGAGUCGAUCUCUCCCCCGAUUCCUAUUCUUCGUCGUACACCAGUACCGUCUUUCAGCGUCACCUCUCGUCCCCAGCAACAGAAGGGUGCUGCGAGUAUCAGUGGUGUUGAUGUAUCCCAACCCCGGCAACGUAGUAGUACUGUCAUUCCAGCCAGUCCAACGACAGCUUCUUCCGAUAUUCCUGCAAACAGUACUCCUGUCAAGGCUACUCCCCCUCCUCUUCCACUAGCUCGUGCUCCUCCUCCGAAGAAUACGAAAAUCGCGAGCGCCUCCGUGCCUAAUGUACCGAAAUCCGCAGUUCCUAAUUCCGCAGGUAAUAAUUCCAGGCCGCGCAGCAGUUCAAUGAUGCCUUUGAUGUCGAUCCCUGCGUCACCAAAAGUAGCAAUGUUCCCUGUACCUACGAAGCCUUUUGCUACGCUGCGGGAGAGUCCAGCGAGUUCUACGGGCGAUUCGAGCAGUGGACGUGCUCCGUUAACUCCGAGGGAUGGAAGCGAUAUUGCAAGUACGACCAGCGGACGUGAGUCCAAGGGGGAGCAAUGGAGUGGAGGCGCUAGCGGUCUGGGGUUGGGUCCCAAGGGACAUGCAAAGCGUCGUAGUGUCAGCUUUGAGGAUGACGCGGCUGUUCCGGGUAAAGGCAAGAAUAAGCCGGAGGAUGACGAAACGCGAAGGCGAGAUCGACGGAGAGAUGAAGCGAAGGCUGCUAUUGAGCUGGGCAAUGUCAUUAAUGGACCUGGACCUAUCGUUGACGACGAAGAGGAUACGCCUAUCGGCCAGAUAAACUCUGCGCGGAUGAGUACAUUGGGACCGGUGAUGGGUAGGCCGAUGUCUAUGCAGAUGGGAUUCGGUGGGCCCGCACCUGGUUGGAACGGGUGGCCGCAGAUGGCGAUGGGUAUGGGCAACCCUGGGAUGCUCAGCCCCGCGCAGUUCAUGGGGCCUACGCCUCCCCCUGGCGAUCCUGCCUUUUUCGCUGCGCACCAGCAAGCUAUGAUGUAUGCAAAGCAGACUUAUCAAAUGGCGGUGGCGCAGCAGGCUAUGGCUGCUGCUGGCGAUGAGUGGGAGCGUACCUCUGCUAUCGGCUUUAACAGUGGGGGGAGCAUGUACGGUGGUGGUCGUGGUGUCCCGUCGAUGUAUGGUAUGGGCGGUGGCUGGUCUUCUGCUGGCUCGAUGAUAUUCCCUUCGGCCCAGUCCAUGUAUGGAGGUGGGGCACGGAGCGAGUAUGGUGGUGGUAGUGGUGGAGGUCGUGGGACCGCUUGGAAUUCUUCGCAGAGCGUGUAUGGAGAGUCGUUUGGCAAUCGGCGUAGGACUGGUGGUGGUGGUGGUGGUGGCGGUCGGGGAACGGGUGGUAGAGACUCUGCGUACGUCCCCCCGGUGCCGCCUGUUCCUUCGCAAGCGCAGCGGCCGUCGAUGGUUGGUGGACAGGGUGUUACGAAUCCCAGGACUCGAACUGUCAGUCAGCCUGCUAAUCCAGUUAGACCCAGCAGCGGCAGUAAUAGUCCACGAAGGCCCCCACCGUCGAGCUGGAAAGCUGGAACAUGA